AUGUUUUCAUUCCCCUUUGGAAAAUCUAGAAGAAGGUCUGAACCGGCUAUUAAUCCAGAAAUUGCUGCUCAAGCUGCUGCUAAUGUUCAAAAUAAUUUACAAAAUUUACAAUUAAAUACAUCAAAUGAUAAUUCAUUGUCAAGAGUUAGUUCAAGGACAAGUAAUUCCCUUGGUGUUCCUAAGAAUGGGUUAAGAAGAACUAGAUCAAGAAGAAAAUCACAUUCACAUAUCUUCUCUAAGAGAUUAUCAUUUUUUGGUCAUAAUAAUUCAAGUGAUGAUUUGAAUUCAUUAGCUACUUCCAAUAAUUCUGAUACAAAUUAUGAAUCUUUAGAGUUGUCAAGGUUUAAAUCACUUAAUUAUGAUAAAUUCAAGAAAGAAUCGUUACAAUAUUUGAAAUUUCAUGGGUUUAGUGCACCAAAAAUUUUGAAUGAUUCAAAUUAUAUUAGAAUAUCAAUAAGUUCUACAGGGGAAAAUGUUUUCUUACCAAGUGUAAUGAACUUUAAUGAAGAAGAUGUUGAUAAUUUAGAUUUGGAUAAUAAUGAACCACCAAUGUCACCACCAAGAAAUCAAAAUGAUGGAUCACAAGAGGAUUAUAAUGAUGAUGAUGAUGUUGAAGAUGGUCCAACAAGAUUAACAGAGGAAACUUCACAAAGAAAUCAAAAUGAUAACGAAGGUGAACCUGUUACACAUACAUUUGCAAUUACUAUUUCCCUAUCAAAACCAACACAGAUAUCUACUAUAACUACUCAAUUACAAUCAACAGCUAAAAUAUUAUGGCCUGAUGGAAUUCCAUAUGAUCGUAAUAUUAAAAAUGAAAUAUUUGAAUUAGGCCAAUUAAGUUGGGAUUUGAGUUUAAGUAAUUAUAAUUAUUAUGUUCCAUAUCAAGAUACUGAAGAUGCAUUAAUUGAUGAUAAUAAUAAUGAACUAAAUUCUGUGUCAAAUCAUAAUGAUCCUUCUAGAUUUAUUACUGAGAAUCGUAUCCCACCAAAGAGUUUCCAAGAGAACACAAUUGAUCAAAUAACUCGUGGUCCAUUCAUCAAUACUAAGAAGAAUCAAGAUCCAUUCAUUAUCAAAAAUUUGCAACCAACAGGUUCUAUAUCUUACCCACCGGGGGAUUAUAUUUUCCAAUUACCAAUUUUAUUCCCAACAAGUAUUGCGGAAUCAUUAAUAUCUCAAAAUGCAGUUGUGAGCUAUAAUAUUAGAACUAUUGUUGUACAACCUCAAUUACCAUCUCAGAAAAAUAGGGUUUAUAAUCUUGGUGAAAAAACUUUUAAUGUUAUUAGAGGUCCUCCAUCAAAUGCUGUAUCUACAUCUGAUAAACCAGUUUAUGUUAAUAAAGUAUGGAAUGAAGCACUUAGUUAUGAAGUUUCAUUUCCACAAAAAUUCGUUACUGUUGGCUCUAAUUUACCAAUUAAAUUGAAAUUUGCUCCAUUGAUUAAAGAUAUUUCAAUUAGGAGGAUAAGAGUUAAUAUACUGGAAAAAGUUACUUAUUGUUCAAAAGAUUUAAGAUAUGAAUAUGAUGAAACUAGUACAUCCAAAAAUGAAGGUGUUAGAGCAACAAGUUCAAAUGAACGAGUCUUACCAUUAUUGGAAGUUCGUACUAAAACAAGAACGGAAUUAGCUCUUAGAGAGGAAUUAUUAAAAGACUUAUUAAGAGAAGAUAAUUUGUUAUCGAAUACUUAUAAAUCUCAAUCUGGAUAUAAGUACUUGGAUGAUACUGAAGUUAUUGGACAACUGAGACUUGUUGCUUAUUUACCUUUCAUCAGACCUUUGAAAUUGAAUAAAGAUUUACAGUUACCUAAAAACAAUGAAUUAUCUUCAUUAAUUUAUAAUAAUGAUAAACAUAAAUCACAAAUUGAUAAGAAAAAGACAUCAAUAGUUACAAAUCAAGGUGAAAAUGUCCCAUUUGCAACUCAUUAUAAUGAAUUUUCAGGAGAUGGGUUGAUACCAGAUUCAUCGAAUAAUAAAUUUAUUAAGAUUAAUCAUAAAUUACAAAUAGCCAUUAGAGUUUCCAAAAAAGAUCAACAUGGUAAAAUGCAUCAUUAUGAGGUUAUGAUUGAUACACCUGUCUAUAUACUGAAUAGUUCAUGUACCCCAGCAAAUGUUGAAUUACCCCCAUAUAUUGCCAUAGAUGGUUCAGAUGGAAUUGGAUACCAACCAACACCAUAUUAUGGACAAGAUGAACCACCAUCAUUUGAAGAAGCCAUUUCACCAAUGAAUUCACCUUCAAUGACUCCAUAUCAAGGAAUGGGCAUUGGUGAAGAAACCAUUGAUGUUUUAUCAAGAACUUCAACUAUUGGUGGCUAUAACACUCAAUAUCCAACACCACCACCAACAUCAUCGUCACAAUUCCAAACACAACAGCCAUUUGUUGAUUAUGACAAUAUUGAUGAUUUGGUUAGAGGUACUUCAAAUUUAAAUAUCCCACAACAACCACAACGAGGUCGUAGAAGAUCAUCAGUUGCAAAUGAUAUAAUUCUAAAUUUGAGAAGAACUGCAACUAAUAAUUCAUAUAAUAUGAAUAGAUCAACUGAUAGUGGGUUGAAUAAACCCAAUUCUCAACAAAGUGAAGCAAUAACAGAAGAUCAUGAAGGUGAAGCAGCUAUUAAAGAAGAUUUCCCACCUCCUACAUAUAGUGAAUCAGUCCCAUUGAGUCAUAAUUCUGAAUCUGAAAUUGAGUCGUUAUCAAGCUUGGAUGAUCAAGAAUCUUAUAAUGAUGAAAAUGAGGAAGGUACAGAUUUGACAGAUCAAUUUAAAUUUAACUGA